CCUCUCCCAACCCAAGUUCUCUGCCUCUCUACUCUACCCUCUCCCACACCGUUGGUGCUCCCCUCCCUCUCUGCAGUGUCCGAUCUCCGGCGUUGCUCUCUGCUUUCUGCAGCUAUUGAUCUGCUCUCGCCGAACCUGCUCUCUGCCUUCUGCUAAUGGACUCUCCCCUCCCUCUCUGCAGUGUUUGGGAAACAAGGACUCGGACGACGAGCUAGUUGUGGAGUCGGUUGACGCGGAUUAGAAGGCGGACGUUGAGCCGGCAGCGGCCGUUUCUUCUGGUGGUGAAGAGGAGGGAGGAGGUGUGGUGGAGAAUCCGGAGAAUUCAAUGGAGGAUGAUACAGUGAGUCCGGUUACUGUGUUUUGUAUUAGGCUGAAACAGCCUAGGUCCAAUUUGCAGCGUAAGAUGAGCGUUUUGGAGUUGUGUAGGAAUUUCAGGUGCUGUGGCUUGGUGUGGGAAGUUGAAUGCCAUUACUUGUGCUUCUGAAACUUGUGCUAAACUUCCUAGGUUAGUAAAAUUUAUUUAUUGUUUUUAAUUGUGAUUGAAGUUCAUAGAUGUUUUGGCAAUUAUGGAUUUGUUUCCUCGAAAUCGUUUCUCCACAUGAUAACUAAUUCUGGAAAUAGUUUAUCUAAAGUUCAUUUGGUGAAAGCUUUUUAUCAUAAUGAUUUAGUCCUUUUAAUUUUGUAGUUCUAAUGAAUUGAUAUCUAUUUG